AUGGCUGACGCUGGAGUGUGUCUUGGGGCCAGCCCUGAGCUGGAGCCCUGCUGGCUCCUAAGGAGGUGGGCACCACACAGCCAGGGUGGGCUGCUGUGUCAGCGAUGGAACAACAGUGCACACCUGACUGCUCAGGGCCGCCUGAUAACAUUUAAAGGAGAGGAGCUCUCCUUCAUUUUACCACAGAACGUGGGCCCCUUGUGGGCCGAGAUGGCUGUCAGAAGGGGAGGUGCUGGUUGGGAUCUGCAGAGACCACAGGCUUCCCUGGGGGGGGUGGAGCAGCUGUGGCCUGAGUCCCUAGUGGGUUUGGAGGUUGGAUUGGGUGACGUGGCCUAUCCUCCUCCUCUGCUGGACGAAAGAGAGAUUCUGGAAACCAAGAACCGAGAAGGAACUCUUGAGAUAAAGGAAGUCCUGCAGAAAGGCACCUGUCUGCUGUGUUCCCUCGUCCAGGAAGAGAGGGCAGUUGGGGUGGAGACCCCGGCAGCUGCUCAGGUCCUCGUGGGCUCAGACGACAGUGCAGCUGAGCUCCGGGGAGGGCAGGUGUCUGCAGCACAGCAGCCAACACUUCUGGAGCACAUGGGCCCUGCAGUGAAGGAUUCUGGAGCCCACAUUCAUCUGAAGGGGAUCCGAGGAGGUUCCGUCUUGUUGAAUGUGAUUGAGAGGCUCAGAGUAGAUCUAGGCACCAAGCUGGAGGAAGUUGUAUGGACUUUGGGCAAGCUGUCAAAUCAUACACAGGUGCUGAGAGUCCACAGAGGGGCCGCCUCUCCAACCUGGGUCGGCCUUGAGGCCAAGUUCAAGCAGAGGGUCCAUGUGCCCAGUGUGUUGUCUCUGAGGAUUGAGAACCUGGCCCCUGAAGACAGUGGGCAGUACAUGGCCAUGAUCUGCUUAACUGGGGGACAAUUAUCUGGCCAGGUUUUCUACCUCACUGUCUAUGAGCCUGUGCCUCAUCCUGAGAUCCUGACCGAGUCACUGUCUAUCAUACCAGGCUCGUGUAACAUCACCGUGGAGUGUAGGGCUCCAGGAGCCACAGAGGACCUGAAUGUGACUUGGGAGAGCAAGGGCCUCCUCGGAGAGCUGGAGCACAGAGAAACACCAGGACCAGCCCCCAACCCCUGGACCCUGGCUGUGAACCUGCCCCUGAGCCAGCGGAACAGCAAUCUCACCUGUGUGGUCAGCAACCAGGUGGAUCAGAAAGAUGUGAUUUUACCUUGGGGAAGCCUGUGUCAAGGACUCUCCUUUCCCCAAGGACAGUUUUAUUUCGAAAGAAAAAUUGGAAAAUGCAGAGCCACGAGGGGGCGCCCUGGACUCUGGUCUGGUGGUAAAGCCAGCACCUUCGUAAAGCAAGCAUCUCCGAGAUGCCGGGUUCAGAAUGAAAUAGGAGCAUUGGCUGAGCAUCUGCCGGGGACCUCACUGGGCACGCACAGGGCCUCACUUACUCAACGCAGACACUCCCUGAAGUGGGUGCUUGUGCACCACUGUGAUAAGCUCACAGGCUCAGGCAAGUUCAGCAAUCUGUCCCUGGUCACUCAGGUAAUAAGUGGAAAAUGAGAUUCAGGCCCAAUUCUGUGUAGUUCUAAAGUCCCGGCUUUCCUAGACCAGCUGACUAAGGUUCAUCUAGGGAGGGCUUGGUACUUGGAAGGUGCUGGUCAGCGCGGAAGCGAGGUUGGUGGGCGCCCGUGUCCUCGGGGCAGGGUCACAGGCAUCUGCCCACAAGGGAGAUGUUUCCAGCCAGGGUCACGGAGUCUCGGGAUGUUCCUGAAUGUGGGAGAAACAGUCCCUCACCCUGACCGUCUCGGAGUCUGUGUCCAGCAAGAGCCCUUGUGGUUGGGAAGAGACUUUGUUAAUGGGAAUGGGGUGUCUGGGUUGCUGGUUAGGUGCCUGUCCCCAGA